AUGCCCGAAAGCCAAACCAAAAUUCUGCAAAGACUAAAGAGCUUUGCUCUUGACCACUGUCCUGUUAUGGCAUGCAACAUUCCUAAGGCGAGCUUAGAAUUCAGGACAUUGCUAAUUCAGCCAAAGGCAGCUACUGUUGCUGGAAUCGAGGAACCAGACCAACUGCAACGCGCCUUACAAAAGCGGCCUCCGGUUCCGGUCCUGGUCACUCUCCUCUGGCUCACAAUGUUAGCAGCAUGUCUACUCCUCGCCUGCCUCCCAGCCAUCUCUUCCAUCGAGUAUUACCAGCAAGAGUUCUCUCCUAGGAUGUACUACUACGCGAGGAAGAUACAGCCGGCCUACCAUGAGAGGAUGCAGUAUCCUGUAAAGCCACCGUUCAGGAGGCCCUACAUGGUGUAUGUACCAAAACCGUACGUCGUCGAAGUGCCGAAGCAUGUGCCGUACGUUAAAUUGCCAGUUCAGCAACAAUACCAUUUUGAAAAACAACUAUCGCAUCCUUAUAGGAUUGAAAAGCCAUUAUAUCUUCAUCAACUGCCGACAUCUUUAGAAACUAAAAUUCCAAUAGACUUUAAAACUUCUGAAGAAAGCCCUGUCACAGUAAGUGUUGAGAAACAAGUGAUACUCCCAGUGAAUUUAGGCGAUGGAACAGAAACAGAAAGUAAACAGCCUUCAUCUUACAUGUCACUCCCGCAUGAGGUAACAUCUCAUCUUAAACUUGCUAUGAACAAGGAGCAGUCUCCUUUGUCAGAAUUCGAGAAGGAAUCGCUUUUGAAACAACUCAAUGCCAAUAACUUUAUCCAGGAGACCUUAAAAAAUCAGUUUGCAUUUGAAGAUGUGCACAAACCUUCUUCCUUGGUGACAGAAAGCCCAAAUAGUUGGUCAUCAGAAAGCAAAACUGUUUUGAAACCUAUAGUGAUCCCUGAAGAAUCUCAAAAGUGGACUAGCUUCAAUGGUUCGGAAUGGGUCCCACGCUUCAGAAUAACUGACAUUAAGACUAUAUCUGACGACAAGUUAUUGAAAGCCGAGAAAGAUAAUUUCGAAACUGGUGAAGUAAAAUUUCCUAUUCAAAACUUAAAGAAUACCCAAGAUAUAGCUAAAUACUUUUUGCUAAAAAACAACAAUUUCGUCCCAUCUCCGGCACUAGAAGAUGAGACGACUUUUAAACAAAUUCCGUUUGAGCAAUCUUUUUUAAACGAACACCCAUUAAAGCAGUCAUUUAAAGUUCCAAGCUCAAAAACUUAUCAGUUUUACAAUAUUGACUCUGGGCACGUUAUAAAACCGGAGGCUCUGACUUCAAGUAUCGGAAUUACUGAAGUUGAAACACAGCAGAAAGACGGGAAGGAAUUAUCUCAUCAGUGGUUAGAUAGUAAAGGCUACCCGAAGGAUUUUUACAAAACUAUAACUGAUCAUAGUGAAUCGGAUAUGAAAUGGGUAUCUUCACAACAGUCAAAUACACCAUACACAAGUCAAAAUGAGCCUACUAAAAAAUGGGUAACCAAUAGCGAACAAUAUGUAGUUCAAACAGAACCUGUCGAAGAUAUAUCGAAACACCAAGGAAAACAAGAAAGUCAAAAGGAAGUUUCUCAUCAAUGGUCAAUUCAAAAUCAUCAUCACUUUCAUGAUCAGGAUGAACCUGGCAAGAAAUGGACGAACGGUCAUGGCCAAUACAUAAUACAAAAUGAAUCAGAUAAUUUUCAGGUGCAGAAAAAAGAUCAAUCCGCACCAACCAUCAACUGGGUGAAGAGCGGAGAUAAGUACAUAAUUAAAAAAAAUCCAGACCAACAGUGGUUGAAAACUGAAGAUACUCAGUAUAUGUCGUAUAACCAGGCGCCUUCAUUUUCUAUUCAGGAGGAACAAGGCUCAAAGGUGACUGAAGAUCAGUUUAAAAACCAAAAACCGUAUAGCUCUCAAAACUUUUUGUUGUCUCCUCAAUAUGUCACUGAUGACAGCAAAGAUACAUUGCAGCCACAGAAAUAUGGCCAACAAGAUGAGAAAUAUUUUCAUUCUUCUGAACAAUUAGAAGGAAGUUUUAAGCCUUUGAUUCCCAGUCAUAGCCAAAUUAGUUAUAAAUAUCGAAUACCACACUCUGAGAACCACCAACGCACCAGCCAUUAUCCACAUCUUCAGCAGUACAAUGAGCGAAAACCAACAAAUCAGCAGGAGCAGGGUACAUCACACUACAAUGACCUGCUUAAAUCCCAGAUUUCAGCUGAGAAAAGCUCUCCACAAACCCAAGGAGAUCAACCUUCUGCUAAUGUAAGGCAAGUAUACCAUCGCCAACCAAAUGCAAUGGUGCAGACAGAAAAUCUACAACCAAUUUCUAAUACAAAUUAUCAGCAGUAUAUUCCUAACCAUCAAUAUUAUCAAAAGUCAAAAGCUGCUCAACUAAAAACUCAGGAUGCGCAUCAGAUUCAAGAAAGUUUUAUUCAGCCAUAUCCUCAGUACACAUCCACACCACAACGACAUGGUGACCAUUGGCAACAAAAUUCUCAUAACGUGUACCAGAAAAAUACGGGAGGAGGGCAUCAGGAAGAAAUUUCCUCAAUGGAAAAUUAUGAAGACAAGAGCAAAUUCCGUCAAGAAGAGAGCGGGGCCUUCGGUCAGAAAAGAAGGCACCGACAACCGAUCAGAGGUGAAUCUGGAGUCUCGGAUCAAAUAACCCGAUUCAACAGAGUAUCCAUUACUAACACAACCGAAGACCCUACUACAACCAUAGCACCAUCUUCAACGACAUCACAGAUUAGAGCUGAGGUAAUGUGGUAA